AUGGUGAAGAAUCUUACCAUACAAUCAAACACAACCACCCAGGACGUGCAAGUGAUCAGUCCCUGGGGCAACGGCAGUGGCAUCUUUCAGCUGAACACGAUACCCACUCAGAGCAACGUAAACACACCGCUGCGCACGCUCUUAAAGAACUGGUUCUUCCGACAACCAGCACAACCCAACAUCCAAGUGCUGACCCUCGGGGGUCGAGCCCUAGCUGAAAAACAAAACCUGCAUGAAUUGAACCCAACUCACGUGAUGCUGCCACGGAGGCGGGCGACCGCAGGAAGGCGGCAUCAGCAGCGUCGCAUUCUGAUGCGGAAUCUUAGAUCCGGUGAGGUCAUGCUGAUGAACACCCAAACCCUAAGAAUGCCAUUUUACGAGGACGACUGGGAUAUCGAGACCAGCUACUCUGGCUGA